CAGGAGGCACCUGCAUCCCGCAUCCUGCUCCGGUCCUGAACCGGGGGCACCCGAAUCCUGAACAGACUGCAUCCCCGACCGAGGGGAACCCCCAUCCUGCUCCAGCCCGGAGCCGGAAGGUACCUGUAUCCAGAAUCCUGGUCUGGUCCUGAACGGGCAGGACCCGCCCCGUGCUCUGGUCUCGAAGCGGGAGGGACUCGCCCCCAGAACCGGCAGGGACUCCCGCCUUGCUCCGGUGGGAAGGACUCGGGUCCCUGAAUGCCCUGAAUCGGGAGGAAUCUGCUCCCCGGUGAAGCUGUAGCCGAGCCCGGGGGGACCCGCACCCCAAACCAGCUGUGCCCGAAUUAGGAGGGACCCGCACCCCAUCCAGCUGUGCACCCCAGUCCAGCUGUGCCUGAGCUGGGAGGGACCCACACCCUAAACCAGUGAAGCCCUGGCAUGGCCGGACACCCCGUUCUAGCUGCACCUGGAGACAGGAGGGUGAACCCCAAAGGGGCUGCACCCUGAACCAGAAGGGCCCUGUGCCCUGGACCAGCCUUGCACCCCAAACCAGCUGCCCCUGGACUGGGAGGUGCCCUGUCCUGGACCAGCCCUGCACCCCAAACUGGAUGCACCCUGAACCAGGAGGGACCUGCACUCCAAACCAGGUGUCUGCCCCAAACUUGUCGGCCCCUGAUCCUGCUGUGCCCUGAACCAGGAGGGAUCUGCACCCCAAAGAAUCUGUGCGCUCUAAACUGGAAGGGACCUGCACCCCAAAACAUCUGUGUGCCCUAAACCAGGAGGAACCUGCACCCUAGUCCUGCUGUACCCUAAACCAGGACGGACUUGAACCCCAAAGCAUCCCUGUGCCCUAAACCAGGAGGGAUCUGCACCCUAAACCAUCUGCGUGCCCUGAUCUUGCUGUGCCCUAAACUGGGAGGGACCUGCACCCCAAAGCAUCCCUGCACUCUGAGCUGGAAGGGAUCUGCACCCCAAUCCUGCUGUGCCCUAAACCAGGAGGGAUCUGCAGCCCACCCCAUCCGUGUGCUGGCUCUGGCUCUGUGGGGACACGAUGGAUGACGCUCUGCCUGUGGAAGCGGAGCUGGAGCAGCAGUGGUUGUCCAACAGCUCCCUGAACGAGUCCCUGUCCAACCAGUUUGUGCAGCCCCCGUGGCAGGUGGCCCUGUGGGCCGUGGCCUACGCCCUGAUCGUGGUGGUGGCGGUGGUGGGGAACGUGGUGGUGAUGUGGAUCAUCCUGGCCCACAAGCGCAUGAGGACGGUCACCAACUACUUCCUGGUGAACCUGGCGUUUGCCGAGGCCUCCAUGGCUGCCUUCAACACCGUGGUGAACUUCACCUACGCCAUCCACAACGAGUGGUACUACGGGCUCUUCUACUGCCGCUUCCACAACUUCUUCCCCAUCGCCGCUGUCUUCGCCAGCAUCUACUCCAUGACGGCCAUCGCCCUGGACAGGUACAUGGCCAUCAUCCACCCUCUGCGCCCUCGGCUCUCAGCCUCGGCCACCAAGGUGGUCAUUGGGGUCAUCUGGCUCCUGGCAUUCCUGCUGGCCUUCCCACAGGGAUAUUAUUCCAUGAUGGCAGAGCUCCCAGGACGACUGGUGUGUCUGGUGGAGUGGCCGGAGCCCGGGACACACGUGUACGGAAAAACGUACCACUUCUGCAUGACCAUCCUGAUCUACUUCCUGCCCCUCCUGGUCAUAGGCUGUGCCUACACCGUGGUGGGACUCACCCUCUGGGCCAGUGAGAUCCCCGGGGACUCCUCCGACCGCUACCACGAGCAGGUCUCGGCCAAGCGGAAGGUGGUGAAGAUGAUGAUCAUCGUGGUGUGCACCUUCGCGCUGUGCUGGCUGCCCUACCACAUCUACUUCACCCUGCAGUACUUCCACCCCGAGUGGUACUUCCAGAAGUUCAUCCAGCAGGUCUACCUGGCCAUCAUGUGGCUGGCCAUGAGCUCCACCAUGUACAACCCCAUCAUCUACUGCUGCCUCAACGACAGGUUCCGCGUGGGCUUCAAACACGCGUUCCGGUGGUGCCCCCUGGUCAGCGCGGGUGAGUACGAGGGGCUGGAGCUGAAGUCAGCCCGGUACCUGCAGACCCAGAGCAGCGUCUACAAGGCCAGCAGGAUGGAGACCACCGUGUCCCUGGCCGUGGGGGUGGCGGAGGAGGAGCUGGAGGAGCCCUCCAAGGCCAAGCGUCUCUCCAUAGAUGUGACCUCCAACGGCUCCUCCCGCAGCGACUCCAAAACCGUCUCCGAGAGCUUCAGCUUCUACUCCAACACCCUCACCUGAGGAGCUCCCUCAGCUCCAUCAGCCACUCCUGAGGUGCCACCACCCCCCUGCCCUCACCGGGACGCUCCAGGGCUCCACCCAUGGCCCUGGUUUGUGAUGUGCUGGUGUUUUCUGUGGUGUUUUGUCAUCUCCCACUCGCUCGCCAUCCCCGGGCGAGCCCAGGAGGGAAAGCUUUGGAUUAGUUCCAUGUGUUCCAUCAUGGCCUGUGUGGAGAGGGUGCAGGAAUGGGACAGAGCUGGCUCUUCCUCCAAAACUGUGAUUACAACUUGGCAGGAGCUUCCCAUGUUCUCAGCAAGGAUCUCCCAGUGCAUCCCAUGCCUCUGGAAAAUGAGCCUGUCCUGCGCUUUCCCCCUUCCCACCUUUAAUUUCGUUCUGCCUGUCACUCCCAGUUGGAUAUCUGGGGGGAUAUUUAGUUCCAAAAUCCAGGAAAAAUGUUGUUUUCGACAUCAGGAGCCCGGACAUCCAUUGGGAAUCAUCAUCCUUUUGGAGCUUCAGUCAGAUCCAGGAUUUUCCAUGUGGUCUUGGCUCUUCUCCAGCACCCACAUGGAUGGUCUCCUGCUGUGUCUCCAACCACAGCUCAUCCAGCAGGGCUCUCCCAAAGGAUUCCUGACCUAAGCCAGGCUUUGCUUGCUCUUAAUCAACCACGUGUGCCAAAAACAAUCACUGUGACUUCCUAGAAAGCCCAAGGUGAUGCUCCUUGGACAGAUCCUGGAAUCCUGUGGAGGUCUGGAAAAGGAGAGACCACAUUGAAAUGUUUUUCAUACCCUGGAAAUGGAUUCCAUCAGAAAAAAUAAGGUUUGAAGGGAGAUGAAGAUUUUUCCAGACUCUUUUUAUUCAGAGGAGGGUGAAAUGAUUUACCUCCACAUUCUGGAUUUCAUUUAAUCAGGGAAUUUGUUUUUUUUUUCUGUUGCAGAAAACAUGAAGUUUAUGAUGUGUGCAUGGAUACAUGGAAUAUUUUAGUCCUGCUCAGAUGGAUAAUUUUCCCUGGGGCUGCUCAAGGGCUCCUUUGGUCAUCAAAUGGAUGAACACACCCUCAGAGGGGGGAAAAAAGCAAACAAAAUGAGAUGUGGACAAAUGUGGCUUGUUGGGGACAAACCCACAAGUUUGGGGGCAAUCUAAUUGAUGGUCCAAUCCCUCAUUUUUGGUGUAGAAAUCAGGCUCCUAAAUGGAUUCACUGAAGGAAUGAGAGAUGAACAGUGGAGACACACACAGGGCAAGGAAAGGUUAUUUUCAAGCAGCUGAACAUCAGACCCUGCUGAGCAGCCAGAGGUCUCUGGGAGUAAAAAAGGAAUGACUUUUGGGGCUUUUCAACUCCUCAGGCUCCAAACUGGCUGUUGGAAGAGCUAGUCCUGGAUAAAUCCCAGCCCUGAUGGCUCUUGGAGAUAAACACCCACAUAUUUAAGGAAUUACUCCAGCAGAAAUUCAAUGAAUGGGCAAAUCCAGGACCAACAAAAGAGGAUUGACAAGAACGAUCAUUUUUACCCCAAAUCCUGCCAAGUGCCCUUAGAGGAAGAGCUCUUCCACCCUCUUCCCAACCACAAUGUGCUCUGGACACACCCUGGAAUACACUUUUCCUCCUUAAAUUCUUAAUUCUUGUCGCUUUAGGACACAUUCCUGUGUCUCUGUCUCCUGAACUCUGGGAUCCUGGAGAAGGGGAAUGGCAGGACCCUGCCUGGGGGGUUGGUUUUCCAUAACUCCACCAGUCCCAGGGGUGGCAAUUGAAGAUUCCAAGGUUUUAACUCCAGGGAUGGACAAGGAAACCUUUCCCACCCAGUCCAUAGGAGCCAAUACCUGAGAAGGUGCUACAAACCAGAGCCAAAAUCUGAUUUAUUUCCAGCUGCCAACCCAAAUUCACAAUGUAAGGACACCAAAUAUCUCCACAUGGUCCAGAAAGGUGAAUAAAGCAAGGGGAGAUUGGCUCAAACCCCUCACAGGAGAGUUUGUGUCGGGUUUUAAGCCUCCAGAAGUCAGAAUUUAUGGGAAAAACCAUAAAUAUCUCUCUCUAUGUGUAUAUUUAGAUAUUUAUAACCAUGCUGCCCUUUUGGCCUCUGUGUUUUAUGCCCCAAGGAUGAUCUUUGAGAUGAUCAUGAGAAGGGCAAAGCAAUGACAAGUGUCUUCCCACAGGCAAGGCUCAGCCUGAGACGUGGGACAACCCCAGGGAGUGAGGGGAGAUUCAAUUCAAACAGACAGUUUACAGCCUGAAAUGCUUCUUGGGCAUCUUGUAUCUCUUGAAAUAAAGUGGGAAAAAUUCCCACCUGUUGUAAAUAGUGUUGAUGAUCCCAGUGGAGCCUGACCAGGAUGAUGGGAAUGUGUCAGGGGAUUGUCCAAGAGCUGGUGAUCAAUGUAAGAAAACCAAACUGUUGUGUGUAAAUGGGUACAACACCCAAACCUGGUCUUCCUUUCUCCCCUCCAAGUGCCAAGUUAUUUGCUGGGGGAGGCAGGAACAGGGACAAGGAUCUUUUCACAUUUAGGAUCUUGGCCAUCCCAAGAUGGGAUGUUUGGUCCCUGUUCACUCAUGUGACAAACAUAGAAUGGUUUGGGUUGGAAGGGACCUCAAAGCCCAUCCCAUUCCACCC